AUCAAUUAAGGGUCCACUCGACUGGACCCUAACGGAUAUGAUUAACAUGAUUCCCCAACAACUCGAUGAGAAUAACUAUCUUGUUUGGAGAUGUGAUGUAGGAUUAAUCUUGGAAUGUCAAAGCCUGCGCCACAUCGUUGAUAUAAAGGUACCAAUUCCUGCAACUGAAACCCUAGAUCCAAUCACAAACAUGUUAAUCCCAAAUCCUGAAUAUGAAGAAUGGGUUAAAACUGAUCAGCAUAUACUUGCUCAAAUGCGCAGAACCAAUUUUGAAUCAAAUCAAUGGAUUAAAAACUUGUAGAGAAGUUUGGACUCAUUUUGAGAAAUCGUAUUUUGAUGAGCAUUCUGGCAAGGUUCCGGAGCUUCGGCACCGACUUCUAACACUACGCAAAGAUGGUCUUUCAGUGGAUAAAUACUUUCACCCAAUCUUCAGGAUAAGGAAUGUCUUAUGGUUUCUUGGUCAUUCAGUUUCUGAUGGUGAUUUGGUCCGCUGUGCGCUUGGAGGAUUAGGUCAUGAAUAUGAUGGUUUUGUUCAAGUUUGCAAGAAUUUUGGUGUUAAAUGUUGAAAUGAAUAAUCUAUAAAUAUAAGUCAUUUACACUGGAAGUUCAUUUACAAUGGAAGUUGGAUGUUACCGUACAACAACUGGAGUUGAUCGGCCUUUCAA